AGCGCUUUCUUUUCCGCUCGGUGUGCAUCCCGGGACAGAGGUUCUGUGGAGCUGCGGAGCUGCGGAGCUGCGGAGCUGUGGAGGUUUCGCGCUGCCCGUCCUGGGCCGUUUUCCUGAUAAUCAGUACCGGAUCGCUUUGCCAAGAGUCGGGAGGAACAAAGGAAUCAGGAAGGAGACGGUCGGCCGCCGGCCGCCUUGCCCCGAGAGGCUUUCUCUUCGCUCGCUCCUGUCCGGAGAAGCUGGAUUUACACUCGUAACUGGAUUGAGCCGCCAUUUGCUUUCCUGCUCGCUAGCUCUCCGCAUUGUCUGGCAGCGGCAUCUAGAGGUUGGAACUUGGCAUUGCAGCUAAUAUGUUUAAAUGGACCUAACUGAAUAUACGAGUGUCAGUAACAACUGAUACUCAGUCACAGCAUAUUUAAAAAGACUUGCUGCCUAAUUCAAAAUUAAGAAAAUAGACGCUUGGCUUCUGUUGUACUUAAAUAUUGCAAGUAAUUACAGACUGGUCUUUGUGACUGUUGGAAUAGCUGAAAUUUUUUAGUGCAACCGGUGGUUAUUAGAGAAGUGAGUCACAAAGAAAUAAAGAUGAGUAAGAGUAAAGAUGAUGCUCCUCACGAACUAGAGAGCCAAUUUAUCUUACGUCUACCUCCGGAAUAUGCCUCUACUGUGAGGCGGGCAGUACAAUCUGGCCAUGUCAACCUGAAGGACAGACUUACAAUAGAGUUACACCCAGAUGGACGUCAUGGAAUUGUCAGAGUGGACCGGGUUCCACUGGCCUCAAAAUUGGUAGAUCUGCCGUGUGUGAUUGAAAGUUUGAAAACCAUUGAUAAAAAAACCUUUUACAAGACAGCUGAUAUCUGUCAGAUGCUUGUAUCCACAGUUGAUGGUGAUCUCUAUCCUCCAGUGGAGGAACCAGUUGCUGCUGCUGCAGCAGCAGCUACUGCUGCUGCAGAUCCCAAAGCUAGCAAAAAAAAGGAUAAGGACAAAGAGAAAAAGUUUAUAUGGAACCAUGGAAUCACUCUACCUCUAAAAAAUGUCAGAAAGAGAAGGUUCCGGAAGACAGCAAAGAAGAAGUAUAUUGAAUCUCCAGAUGUGGAAAAAGAAGUGAAGCGUUUGCUGAGUACUGAUGCUGAAGCUGUCAGUACUCGUUGGGAAAUAAUUGCUGAAGAUGAAACAAAGGAAACAGAAAAUCAAGGCCUUGAUAUCUCUUCUCCAGGAAUGUCAGGCCACAGGCAGGGCCAUGACUCAUUAGAACAUGAUGAGCUUCGGGAGAUAUUCAAUGACCUCAGCAGCAGCAGUGAAGAUGAAGAUGAGACACAGCAUCAAGAUGAGGAAGAUAUUAACAUCAUCGACACUGAAGAAGACCUGGAAAGACAGCUACAGGACAAGCUAAAUACAUCAGAUGAACAGCACCAAGAAAAUGAAGGAACCAAUCAGCUGGUUAUGGGAAUUCAGAAACAAAUUGAUAACAUGAAAGGAAAGCUCCAGGAGACCCAGGACAGGGCAAAACGACAGGAAGAUCUCAUCAUGAAAGUGGAAAACCUGGCUCUCAAGAACAGAUUUCAGGCUGUGCUGGAUGAACUCAAACAAAAGGAAGACCGAGAAAAGGAGCAGCUCAGCUCUUUGCAAGAAGAGCUAGAAUCACUCCUAGAGAAGUAAGAGUUUUUGAUACUUAAUUUCGUUCCAAAGAAUGAUCAGCACUAGAAGAAAACUUCAGGCCUCAUCACCUGGACUAGAUAUAACUUUGCAGUAAUUCCCAUUUCCUCUGCUCCUUCUUCUGAAUUUGUCUUACAGACAGCUAUAAAUGUGAAUGCCUAUUUCAUUUGUCUCUUUUACCUUUGCUAGGUGUUUAUCCUGUAGGAAGUAGGAAUGUACAACAGAUAACUAGGAAAAUUAUAGGAUUAGUGGAAUGAACAGUUCAAGCUUAGUAGAACUUCUAAGCAGAACUUCAAUUCAGAACUUUGCUGCUGUUUCUCAUUUGCAAGAAGCUGCUAUUGCUAGUCUGUAAGCCAUCAGAUCACUAAGAAGAGUAGCCUAGAGGAAGUGAAGCCAGUUUGCAUAUAUUUUUGCAUGCAGUAGCUAUUUUUGUACGUGUAGAGUUAUAAAUCAUUUUAUAAAGUUGUUUUAAUACAAUAAAUAAAAACUAGUUUUUACCUUGUGAUGUGUCUUGCACUUUUAGGGGUAGUGGGUGUCAGAUUCUUUGGGAGGUGGUUUGUUGGUGGGGUUUGAUGACUGAGCAAUUGGAUCCUGUUGUGUAGGGAAAGAAGCAGUUAUGUUAGGUUUUAAGAAAAAGAUAAACACAGCUGGUGCAAACAAAUUGGGAAAUGUUACCUUUGUAUUUUGUUAAGUUUCUGAUCCAUCAGCUCCAUUUGGAGGUUAAGAAACACUAGGUACAGAACCUUCCUAAAUUACCCUAAGUUUUGCACAUGAAGGUUUGUUAUUCUUUUUUUAAUGAUUUGUGGGUGUGUUUUUUUUAAGCACUACACUCAUCUGCUAAUUGUUAUUAGGAACAGAAUAAAGCAAGGGCUAUCAAGUACUAUUGAAGAACUCAUUUCAUUGAGUAGGAUUAAGAUUCUAUAAAUAUCUUCAACUUAAUUUCUGUAAUUAUUUAAUAUUUUGAGAACUGAGGUGAUUUGUCCAUGUCAGUUCAUCGGAAUUGCUCAUAAAGGCAGGCAGUACAUUGUCUGA